AUGCCAAGCAACGCGACAAAAGUAGACAAAGUAAAAAUUGUCUAUUUAUGCAAUGUGAUUUAAGUUUAAUUGAAAAGAAAGUAAUUAGAAAAGGAAGUUUUGAUAUGACUGAUGACGUUAUAAUGGCGUUAUAAUCGAAAGUAAGCACAUUGUACAUUGAGCAUCGCGAUCACUACCACUGUGAUACAAUUCGACAUGAAAUCUGAAAAGUACGAUCGCACUACAUGGUAUUAAAACGUUUAAAGUUUUAGUAAACUACAGCAGGCUUAAGCUAAUUAUUUUCUGUUACAGUUACUUCAAGCUAACUAUAGUUUUUAUACAUGGCCCUCCGCACCCGUAUUAGCUUGGUUUCUUUGGGAACAUAAAGAAGAACUCAUUGGGAAAAGAGUUUUAGAGCUUGGAUCAGGUACAGCUCUUCCUGGAAUUUUAGCUAGUAAAUGUGGUGCUAUUGUAACUUUAAGCGAUUCUGCUAGUUUUCCUAGAAGUUUGCAGCAUAUAAGGAGAGGUUGUGAAUUAAACGGCAUAUUAUCUCAGGUUCAAAUUGUUGGGAUUACGUGGGGUUUAUUUCUGUCUAGUUUAUUUUCAAUUGGACCAUUAGAUUUAAUUCUUGGCUCUGAUUGUUUUUAUGAACCAACGUUAUUCGAAGAUAUAGUUGUUACAGUAGCAUUCUUGUUAGAAAGAAAUCCAAAUGCAAAAUUCUUGUGUACUUACCAAGAAAGAAGUGCAGAUUGGUCUAUAGAACAUCUGUUAAAUAAAUGGAAUCUUACUUGCACUCAUAUAUCAUUGACUGGACUUGGAGCAGAUUCUGAUAUAAACAUAAAUGAAUUAAUGCAGGAUCAUACAAUUCAUUUGUUAAGUAUACAGCGUAGAGCUUAAGUGGGUUGUUUGCCAUGGCUGGAAGAUAUUUAAUUUCUAUACGUAAUAUACCAUGGAUUGUUUCUCACACUGAGCUUGAAAAAUAUUUUUCAGUAUUCGGUGAUGUAAAAACUGCAAAAGUUGUAUUUAAUAAACUUGGUUUAAGUACAGGUUACGGAUUUGUAGAAUUUUAUGAUAAAGCGGUAAUGAAUUAUGUACUGAGAAAAUAUCAUGUUUUGGAAAAUGAAAAACUAUCUAUUACUGAAGGUCUUAAAUAUUUACAUGAAGAUUCUGUUAAAAAAUUUGUAGAUGAACGCUACCUGGCAUUUGACACUGACGCAUAUAAAGAAAAUCUGCCUAGGACAGAUAUAGAAGAUAUAGAAGAGGACAACAGCAAAUUGCAAUAUAAAUAAAGAUUCAGUUAUUCAUCAUUUAUUGAGACAUUCAGAGAAAUAAUAUAAUUAUUGUCAAAAUGAAUCUUGAAAAAAGAUUCAAUAAAGCAGCGGCGUAUUUACAGUCAAUGGUAUCAGAAUUAGAUUCUGCACAUCUGAUAAAAUUCUAUGCUUUAUAUAAACAAGCUACGGUUGGACCUUGUAACACUUACCAACCUUUAAUGUUUAUGGGCAAUGUAGCAAAAAGAUGGCAAGCGUGGAAAAAGCUUGGUGACAUGAGUUAUGACGAUGCUAUGAAAAAUUAUAUACUUGAAUUAGAUAAACUUAAUCCCGAGUGGGAUAAACAAUCUGAAUCUAAUUGGGUUGUUAUUAGUCGGUUGAUAAGUAUGGAAGAUGAAAUAAGUGAUGCAGAUAAAACUUUUUUGGAUUGGGUAAAAGAAGGACAUAUAGAAAAAGUUCAAGAAUUACUAGAUAAGAAACCCAAACUUGCAAAUUUAAUAGACUCAGAAGGUCUAUUACCCAUACAUUGGGCUGCUGAUCGAGGCCAUUUAGAAAUUAUUCAAAAAUUGAUUGAAAAAGGAACAGAUGUAAAUGCACAAGACGAGGAUGGUCAAACACCACUGCAUUAUGCAGUAUCUUGUGGACAUCAUCAUGUUGUAGAAUAUUUAGUUUCUAUUGGAGCUGAAUUUAUAGAAGAUAAUAACGGUAUAUCACCUAAAGAUAUUGCUGGUGAAUUUUAAAGAAGUAUUGUAAUUAAAUGUUAAAUAUUAUAUAUAAUUUUAGAAAUAUUGUUAAAUUAAUUAAUGGUAAAUUUGUAAUAAUUCAUAACAAUAAAAGAUACUGAAGAGACUUAA